AUGUCCCGACAUCGAAAUGUGCGCAAUAUGAACUUAGCUGAUGAAUAUUAUGAUGAUUAUGAUGACGAUGAUUAUUACGACGACGACGAAGAACCGACAAACAGUGAAUUCACUUAUGAUCGGACGUCUUCAUCUAGUUAUUUCAAUCUGUUGUCACCGAAAGACAAAAAUUCAUCAGCAUCGCCAAAUAAUAGCGAAGUAAAAUCGGUACCGAAGAUCACCGCACCGCCGGCGACGCAAAUCACGAAACCGCCAAAUCCGAUUCAACCGAGCUCUCAGCCUUCUCAAAAAGUGCCAAAUGUGCAGAAGCUCAUCAAAGAUGAAAAGUCUUUGACGCCGAAGCAAAUGCAGAAAAAUCAUUCCGACAUAGAUUUGACGACGCUUCGCAAAACCAAUUUGGCGAAUAUUGCGCGGGCCUCAUCAGCUCCAAGAAAACCGAAAAAACGCUCAGAAAGCAAACAUUUGAUUAAUAUGAUCGUUGUGGGACAUGUCGACGCUGGAAAGAGUACACUUAUGGGCCAUUUAUUAUUCGACAUGGGAUUUGUUGACAAUCGUACAAUGGACAAAUACAAACACGAAUCUUCUCGUACCGGCAAAUCGUCUUUUGCAUAUGCCUGGGUUCUUGAUGAAACUCAAGAAGAAAGAGAACGAGGAGUUACCAUGGACGUUGGAAGAAUUUGUUUCGAGACGAACUCCAAGCGAAUCGUUUUGUUGGACGCUCCAGGCCAUAAGGAUUUCAUUUCCAACAUGAUUACGGGCACGUCACAAGCCGACGCGGCGAUUCUUGUGGUGAACGGAACUCGCGGCGAAUUCGAGACCGGUUUUGAAAAUGGCGGCCAGACGAAAGAGCACGCGAUGCUUUUGCGUUCGCUCGGCGUCACACAGUUGAUUGUUGCGGUCAACAAGCUCGAUACGGUGGAUUGGUCGAAAGAGAGAUUCGACGAGAUCAAAGAAAUUUUGAAUCAGUUUUUAACUAAGCAGGCCGGUUUUGCGUCGACAAAAUUGAAAUAUGUUCCCGUGUCCGGUCUUAGCGGAGAAAAUCUUACCAAGAGAUUCUCGCCUGAAAGUAUGUGCUCCUGGUACCACGGCCCGUGCCUUCUCGAGCUCAUUGACUCCUUUGUGCCACCUAAACAACUAUCGGAUGGUCCGCUUCGCAUUGUCGUUAGUGAUGUUCUCAAGGUGACAAACAAUCAAUUGGUGUUUAGCGGCAAAGUCGAAUCCGGUGAAAUCGAGAAAGACGACAAAGUGUAUAUAAUGCCGAAUGGGACGAGUUGCGCGGUGAAAGCGUGCAGCACCUACGAAGGAGCCCACGAGCAUUGUAUUGCCGGCGAUUACAUACUGGCGACGCUAAGUGGCUCGUUCGAGCCUGACUCGAUUCAUUCGGGAGCUGUGGUGGUACGAGGGGGUCCCGACACACUACUUCCGGCGCACAAAUUCGUCGUGCGACUAGUCGUUUUCGACGUGACAAUGCCUAUCAUGAAAGUGCGAAGAGGCACCAAAACCGAACUCUAUGCGCACUCUCUUUGUGUUCCCUGCUCUUUUACAAAACUGGUCAGCAUUGUGAACAAAACGACUGGAGAAGUGACAAAAAAUAGGCCAAGAUACUUAACGAAGGGCACAUCGGCGGUUGUGGAAAUCGAGACGGAGUACGAGGUUGCUAUUGAAUCAUUCACGAGUUGUCGGGCGCUAGGAAGAGUCACAUUUCGGUCAUCAGGGCAGACGAUUGCCGCCGGAAUUGUUGAGUCGCAGUUGCGAUAA